UUUUCAUUAAUUUUUUUCGUUGAUUUUUCACUCCAUGAAAUAAUUAAGGAAAUUCAUUAAAUAAUGAAUAAUUUGAAAGGAAAAACAUCAGGAUUUCACCUUUAUUUGGUUGAAUUCUAUGGAAAGAACAAUUUUGAUGAAAAAACGACUUUUGAGAAAGUUCGAGGACUUGCCAAUUCUAGUUGGAACAUCCUUCCAAAGGAACAACGUGAGAACUACCGAUAUGAUUCUGAAGUCAUUGGACAUGACACUGUAGAUCGUAAAGUCGAUAAAAUUAUAGAAAGUUUUAAGGCAAUACAAGCAAAGCAAAAUCAGAAGCGCACAGAAGCAGCACGUAAAGUUAAGUACUUUCUCGAGGAUACAUUUGAUCUAUUUGACUGGAACUCACAUGUCUUCCUCAUUGGUCACGUUAAUUAUCAAGUUAAAGAUAAGAACGACUUUUAUCCAAUCGAGAUUGGCUUAGUUAAAUAUUCAUUCGAUGAAGGUCUAAUGGAUACGAUGUAUAUCCAUAUUAAUUCGAGUCCACUACCAAUUGGAAAUGAGAAAUCCGCUCGCGAACGUUCUGAAGACACUCAUCAAUUACCAUUUAAUACUAAUUUUGGCGUUUCAUUUAAUGAAGCUAAGAUUCAAAUAAGCAAGUUUUUGGACAAUGAAAAGCCAUUCAUAUUUACACUGAAUGAAAAGGACGACAUUGCAGCUGCUCGAUACACAUUUGACAAGAUUAUGGACACUGAAGUUUACGUAGUUCCACUGGAAAAUUUAUUGCUAAGAUCUUAUGAAGCUUUGUACAAGAAGGACUAUGCUAAUGAUCCUUUUGACGUUUUAAUGAAUCAAAAUCCAUGGGAAUUUUAUGAUAUAGGGUGUGAAUAUCAUAAGGACUUAGCAGCUUCAAAAUUCUGCUCGCUGGCAAAGGCUAAACGUUGGGCUUAUCAUCUAUCGAAGAUUUUAUUGCCACCAGAGCUUCUUUAUCCUGUUAAGCACACAAUUUGCUAAUUACAAGACAUUUAUGUAUCAUUUUUAUUUUUAUAUAUAUAUUUUUGCUUUAUUUAACAUUACUUGAGACAUUUUUUUGGUGAUCUCGACUUAAUAGAAAGGAACUGAUUGAAUGUAAUUGAUGUAACAAGAAUAAUAAAACUAAUGCUGGA